AUGGAGGAUUUACAAGGAUUAUUAAAUCCUAUGCUUUACGUUACGUUACUUCAAAAUAAAACAUAUCCGGGAACUGAGGAGCUUGGGCAUCCAUGCUAUUAUAUAUCUACUCCUCGUCCCGAAGACAAUAUUACGGUCGGCGGUAAAUUGAUUACUUGGGAUUGUGCAGCCGGGAAUUAUUGUAUAGGACCCGGAAAUUCGAUACCCUGUACUGCUGGCUUUCUUUGCCCGGCGAACACAGCUCAACCUGUGUAUUGUUGUGCCGGUUAUUAUUGUAGUGAAAAUGGUAGCGAAUUAUCCCUUUGUCCAGAAGGCCAUUUUUGUGAAAUUGGUAGCAUUCAACCAUCACCUUGUCACAAACUAGCAAGUUGUCCACCAGGAUCAAGUGCUCUCAGUAGUUAUCGUGUAGUUUUGAUAUUAUUGAUAUUACUUGGGGGUUUUUUAUUAUUAUUCCAAGUAAAAAGGAAAAUUGAUACAAUAAAAAUUGCAAAAUAUAAAAAAUUAUUCAAUGAUCAUAAACUGCAAUCCGAAAUGAAACUUGAACCUGUUUCAAGGACCUUUGAUAUCGAAUUUACAAAUCUUGGAUUGAUAUUACCGAGUGGUAUCGAAAUCGUGAAGGGAGUGUCUGGAAAAUUAAGUAAACACAGGACUUGCGCAAUCAUGGGUCCUUCAGGCGCUGGUAAAACUACUUUUGUUUCUUUAUUAACUGGAAAGGUUAAGAAAACUAGUGGCACAGUUAAAGUUAAUGGAGUGGAAGAACCAUUAGAAAAAUAUCGCAAAUUAAUAGGCUAUGUCCCUCAAGAAGAUGUUAUGCUUCGUGAAUUAACCGUGCGCGAAAUAUUGGUGAACAGAGGUAUCUCGGGAGGUCAGCGUAAGCGUGUAAAUAUUGGGAUGGAACUUGUCGCUGAACCAUCAAUUCUUUUCUUGGAUGAACCAACUUCGGGUCUAGAUUCUACGACUUCAUUUGAAUUGUGCACGCUCUUAAAGAAUAUCGCUCAUCAACAAGGUCUUACUAUUGCGGCCAUUAUACAUAGUCCUUCAGAUCAAGCCUUUCGACAGUUUGAUGAUUUUCUGCUACUUAGUAAAGGAGGAAGGGUCAUUUAUUCCGGAGAAAGAGAUAAGGCAUUAAAUUAUUUUGAAAAUUUAGGUUUUGUUUGUCCUCCGGAUGAAAGCCCUCCUGAUUUUAUGUUGAAGAUUGCUUCUGAAAAAGUUCAACCCGUUAAUCGUAAAUUUUCAACAAGCGAUCUACCCAAUGUUUGGAAUAAUUACAGUUCAGGGCAAAUAAAUGAUCCUACGUUAAAUUUACCCGGAUCUCAUAUUACAAUAGAAGUUCAUUGUGAAAAGUCUUCAGUAAAAAUUAUACAAAAAUUUAAAAAUUUUCUUUCAAAUUAUCUUACGAUAUUUUUACAACUAUUUAGAGACGUAAUAGAUUAUUUUAAUGACGUAAUGACAGAAUUUUCAUCAUUCUUGAGAACAACAUUCUUUUUUUGGGAACGUGAUCCUAUUCGCGAAACUCCAAAUGGGUUUACAUCAUAUGUACUUUUAUUUAAACGGGCAUGUUUACAACUUUAUCGAAAUAGAGGACAAUUUUUUUUUGAUACGUCAUUACAUAUUGCAUGCGGAACCUUCGUUUCUUUGACUGCCAGUAAUGUUAAUUAUGUUGGGAGACCACCAAGAGAACUUUGCAUUGUAACACCUUAUGCCGUAAUUCCUUACUGUCUACUUUCAUUGGAUCUUGUACAGACUUGCUCCGUCUUUUUCGCGCUUGGAUCAACCUUUUCGGGCAUUACCGCCUGUACAACAUUUGGAUACGAAAAGGUCGUAUAUUGGCGUGAAACGUCAGCUGGCAUGAAGUCUUUACCGUAUUUUCUCGCAAAAUUUACUGCGGAUAUUCCUCGUAUAAUUAAUGCUUCUACAAUGUUUUCAAUGGCUUUUAUCGUUUUUUAUUCAUAUCAAGCAUUAUUUGUAGAGAUUUAUGUAAUCGCUUUACUAAGUUAUUCAUGCGCUUGGACGAUGGGUUACUUCUUGUCGAUUAUAGUUAAGAAAGAACAAAUGGCAUUAAUCGGUACAGGAUUUGCACUAGCAUGGUCAUUAGUAUUAAGUGGCAAAAAUCCUGAAUUAGUAGCAGUUAAUUCUUCUGAUACAUACAAAUUCGUAAAAUGGCUUUGGAAAGUUUCUGCUCCAAGAUGGGUAGUUGAGGCUCUUUAUUUAAAAGAAAUUGGUCCAAGAAAGUGGUAUGAAAUACAUAAUGAGCCGUUGAAUUUUACAUACGCUUUUGAACAUUAUGAAGAUUGUUUAAUUAACCUUGGAUUUAUAGCAUAUGGUUGGGCCGUCAUAUCAUUUUGUGCGAUGAAGUUGGUUAAUCGUAAAAAGCUAAAAUAA